UCUACUUUUUCACUCAAACCACCAGCUUCUGCCUCUUCUCCACCAAAAGAAAAAAAAUAAAGAACAUCUUCUGCCUCUCCAUUUGUCUACAAUCGUUCCCAUCCAAAACAUUUACCCUACUUUUCAUUUUUUCUCUAUAUGCAAUGAAUAGGUUGUUGGCAAAAUUUCGUCAUAAUAGUGAGGAAGAAGAAGCACGACGCCUCGCGAAUGAAGCAGCCAUUGUUGCAGCAGCGGUUGGGUACGAGAUGGAGUGUUCCGACCAACCCCGACAACGUGGUUCAAGGCCAGGUCGCUCCCCAAAUGUGGACAGAUUACGAGAGUCACGAGGCAAGGAUCUCAUGGAAGACUAUUUUGUCGAGCAUCCGGUGUUCCCAGAUUCAGAUUUUCGUCAACGUUACAGAAUGCAUCGUCCUCUAUUCGAGAGCAUCUUAACAGCGGUAACGCAAUACGAUGAUUAUUUCAUUCAAAAGGCAGAUGCUCUUGGUGUGUUAGGUUUAUCACCCCAUCAGAAGCUAACAUGCGCAUUAAGAAUGCUUGCAUACGGUGCCGGUGCAAAUCAAUGUGCUGAAAUAACUAGGAUGGGAGACUCUACUGCACUUAAGUCACUGAAGAGAUUUUGUAGAGCAAUAGAAGGUAUAUAUACUUCUUAUUACCUUCGUUCUCCUACACCUGAGGAUCUUCACAGGCUUCUUAAGAAAGCUCGACGUAGGGGAUUUCCAGGAAUGCUAGGAAGCAUAGAUUGUAUGCAUUGGCAGUGGAAGAACUGUCCAACCGCUUGGGCUGGAGCUUACAGUGGGCGCAAAGGCUAUCCAACAAUCAUUCUUGAAGCGGUUGCCUCAUACGAUACAUAUAUAUGGCAUGCGUUCUUCGGAGUGCCCGGUUCAUGCAACGAUCUCAAUGUGCUCGGACAAUCCCCAGUUUUCAAUGAUCUCACAGCUGGAGUAGCCCCUAGGUUCAAAUACAAGGUCAACCAGAAAGACUUUGACAUGGGAUAUUAUCUAGCAGACGGGAUAUACCCUAAGUGGCAUACAUUUGUGAAGACAAUUCCGAGACCUAUAAAUGAGAUGCAACAACACUUCUCCAAAAAACAAGAGGGGUAUCGAAAAGACGUUGAAAGAUGUUUUGGUAUCUUGCAAGCUCGUUUUGCCAUCCUUAGGGGGGGUGCUCGUUUGUUUAAGAAGGAAACUCUUCGAAGUGUCAUGAUGACUUGCAUCAUCCUCCAUAAUAUGAUUGUGGAGGAUGAGCGGAUCGAUGAUGAAUCAGAUUUAGAAUGUGAUGUUGAUGGCAUUGACUCAAUGAGCUUGGAUGUGGUAGAGGAAUAUGAGCAACCCCGUAAUGCUUUGCCGUUUGAGCCAGUACGGGUGGGAGUAAAUGGAGAUAACCUUCCUGGAUUCAUGGAUCGUUAUGAUCUUGUUCGAGAUGAGUAUGUUCAUCAAAUCCUUCAGGAGAAUCUAGUAGAGCAUAAUUGGAAAAUAAAAACUGGUGGAGAAUAGU